CUUUGGACUGUGUCUAUCCCGUGCAUUGAGCUCAUGAUCAAGAACCUCGAGAUCCAUGGCAAGUACAUGGACGAGCGUGAACACACUAAGAGGCUUGUCAAGAUGGUAGAAGCCGGUCUCCUUUCACUAGGGAAGAAGGUCAACUUUAACACAACCGGCCGGUUCAAACUAUACCAGAUUCAAGAUGCACUUGAAUUGACUGAGAAGGACCAGACUAGGAUAGGCAGGUAUUCUUAAUUCCUUCGGGCGGCAAGAAUAAGCCAGGGAGUCCAG